UGGAGUCACGUGACAUUGGCUUCAAGAUGGCUGCAGACAACCUCCCGUCCGAGUUUGAUGUUGUGAUACUCGGGACAGGUCUUCCAGAGUCUGUCAUUGCCGCUGCGUGCUCCAGAAUCGGUCAGCGGGUUUUGCAUCUUGACAGGAGAACUUAUUAUGCCGGAAACUGGGCCAGUUUCACAUUUCCAGGAUUACUUUCCUGGAUUGAUGAAUACAAGCAAGGUACUACGAAUGAGGCGAAGGAAUGGAGGGAUAAGUUGAAGGAAGGGGAGGAGGCUGUUCUCUUGAACUCCGUGGACAGAUCCAUCUCCAACGUGGAAGUGUUUUGCUAUGCAAGUGAGGAAUCGGAGACUGAGGAUAAGGAUGAACCAGAUCUUCCUGUGACAAAGGCUUCUGGAGUAGCUGAGGGAGGGGGAGAUGACCCGACUGCAGAACCUGCAGACAGAACCGAUCCAGACAGCCAGGGCACAGCAGAUGAGGAGCAGCCUUUUCAGACACCCAGUGACACCGAUCCACAGCCCCAAAGUCAUGUCAAUGGCCAGAGAGGGUUUUCUGAGGAUCAGAGCCCCAAAAAAGAGGGUGAUGCGCCCCCUGACCAGCUUUCAGUAACACCAGGAGCAGGAGAUACAGUGCAGGAUCCCAACCUUCCUCCUCAGAGCACUGCAGAACCAAAAAGAGAGAAGAUCACCUACUCCAAGCUAAUCAAAGAGGGACGAAGAUUUAAUAUUGACCUUGUCUCUAAGCUCCUGUACUCACGAGGAUCCUUAGUGGACCUGCUUGUCAAAUCCAAUGUCAGCAGAUAUGCAGAAUUUAAAAAUGUUACCAGGAUCCUUACCUACCACAAUGGAAAGGUGGAAAAGGUGCCCUGCUCUCGAGCAGACGUCUUUGCAAGCAAACAGCUGACUAUGGUGGAGAAGAGAAUGCUAAUGAAGUUCCUGACCUUCUGUAUGGACUAUGAGCAACAUCCCGAAGAGUUUUUGGAUUUCAAGGACCGCUCUUUUUCGGAGUUUUUGCAGACCAAAAAGCUGACCGACAACCUGCAGCACUUUGUUUUGCACUCGAUUGCCAUGGCGUCGGAGACCGACAGCACAGCCGAGGGUCUGCGAGCCACGAGGCAUUUCCUCCAGUGCCUUGGACGCUAUGGAAACACCCCCUUCCUCUUCCCUCUCUACGGGCUCGGAGAAAUCCCUCAGUGCUUCUGCAGGAUGUGUGCAGUUUUUGGUGGAAUAUACUGUCUUCGGCAUUCUGUCCAGUGUUUGGUGGUGAACAAGGAGUCAGGGAGAUGUGAAGCUGUAAUUGACACAAAUGGACAGCGAAUCGGCUGCAGUCACUUCAUUGUAGAAGAUGGCUAUUUGACAGAGGAGCGGCUCAGAAAUGUGCAGUACAGGUACAUUUCUCGAGCAGUUCUCAUCACCGAUCGAUCACUGUUGAGGGCGGAGUCUGAUCAGCAGAUUUCCCUGAUAACGGUUCCCCCACUGGAGGCCGGGCAGCCUGCCGUCCGCAUCAUUGAGCUCUGCUCCUCUUCCAUGACCAGCAUGCCAGGCACCUACCUGGUCCAUCUUACUUGUCGGUCUUCUGGGACAGCUAAAGAAGAUCUUGCUCCAGUUGUGUCCAGACUCUUUUCUGAAUACGGAGAGUCUGAAGGGAAUGACUGUUCAGAAGAGGAGAAGCCGGCAGUGCUGUGGGCUCUGUAUUUCAACAUGAGGGACUCCUCCGACGUGGAGCGAAGCUCUUACGACCUGCCUGGAAAUGUCCAUGUGUGCACUGGGCCUGACGCGGCUCUGGGAAACGAUCAUUCCAUCAAGAUGGCUGAAAGCAUCUUCCAGCAACUGUUUCCAGACGAGGAAUUUUGCCCACCUGCCCCGAACCCUGAAGAUAUUGUCUAUGAUGGAGAUGGAGGUCAGCCAGAGGACGCAGGGUUUGGUUCUCCUGAACAGAACGAACCCUCCAGGCCAGAGGAGGGCACUGUUCCCACAGAGCCAGUCAAGUCAGAAGAGAGUGCUGACCCUAAGCAGGAUAGUGAGAGACACCCACCAGCCAGUGCUGAAGAGACCGGCACAACAGAUUGAGACCCAGUCCCACAACACAGGAGGCCUCUGAGACAGGGCCUUGAGAAUAACUCACCUUUUAACUGCCUUCAAAUAGCAAAGAGUAGGGUUCUGUAAAGGCUAUGGCGUCACACAAUAACAUAACCAAAAUUCAUACAUUGUAUCCAAAUGGCUUUCAUUGUUCACAUCCUGAACAGUAUGUUAUUACACCAGAGGCCAGUUAGCUCUGGGUUCAGCUGAGGUGUGGUCUCAAUCCUUCUCUAAGUAAUCACUUAACACCUUUCCUUUCUCCAGAUUUGGCUGUGGUAGUCAUUUUGGAAGCUAGAAUGUCUUCAGCAGAGAUUCCAGGAGACAUUUACAGGAUUUAAGAAGACCCAUGGAAUGGUCUGACAGUUUGUCCUGGGUGCACAGUGUACAAAACUGUAAAAAACUGUUGGGAUCCGAACAAUUGGAAGUAAAAUAAGUGACAGGUUAUUUAAAUAUUUGUUGUAAUAAAUUAUGUAUUUUAUGUUACCCCACUAUUUGCUCUUUAUUUUUUUUUCUGAGUUACGACAGCACUGUCUUGUAAUCUUCACUUUGGUCAAAGUUUUUACACACCUCAAAGCCUUAGAAAUAUGAAAAGCUUUCAUUAAAGGCCAUCACUGUACACAGAGUAUAUCCAAUAUUUUACAGAGCAAUAUAUAUUAUUGUAAUAUAUUCACAUAUUGUUUAAAAUAAAAUUUGUAAGGGGUGAAGGUGGGUAUUGAACAUUUUGAAGGUUGUUUCUGUCUUUUCAACUGUGCAGAAUACUCCCCUCACACAGUUACCCUUUUGUCAUAUCCCUAGGUUUUUAAAUACAUGCUCUGUCAAUGUUGGGAUGUCUGGUUCAUUAUAUCAUUAUAUCUCCCAAUAGCAAACAUGUUGAAAAGUGUAGUCACAUAGCCAUGUCAGCGAAAUAGCAACCUGUGAUGGCCCUGGUGUUUUUAAAUUGCAGCUGAAUUAAAAAAAACAACAAAUUAAAUGGGCUUGUUUCUGUGACUUCAUUGCCACACUUUAAAGAGCCAGUGACAUUGUUCCAAAAGUAAAUCCCCACAAGAUGACCACUGCAACAUUUCUGCAGAAUAAAACUUAAUAGUUCUGUUUAAUGCAAAUGUGUAAAAAGUUUGUUUCUGUGCUGUUUUUUCACACAUGCCUGUAUGUUGUUUUAUUUAUAACAUUACCUCACGUUCAUAUGAGUAACUCCUAAUUAAAAUAGCAGUCUUUGUUAUUUCACAUGAUGCAGCCUUUAUUUUAUCCAAAACAAUUACAAAUUAUUAAUGUUUUUGGUUCCCACGCACUUACUAUUGUAUUAAUAUGCUUCUGAUUGAGUUGCUAGUUAAAAGAAAUGAGGUUGAUUGUGUACUGGGGCCAGACUGAUAUUCCAACAGGAGUAGAGGUGUGGUUCAGCCAUUAUUUUAUAAUCUCACACUGAAUUCAUCCAGUAGACAAGUGCCAUUAUCACAGAGUUUCAGCUGUUAACCUGGCAUCACCUGCUUAGUUGGGUUGCUGUUGCAGAGUCAGAGGAAAAUGAAUAAGUAGAAGGUUUUGCUUCUCGAGCUGUAAAAUAUUAAUUCUAUUUUUUUUUCUUGACCAAUUUGUUUGAACAAAUAAGUUUUAUUGUUGGGGUGAAUUGGGCAGUUGAGAUCAGCAUGUCUCAGAACUUGUUUCUGUCCAAGCCUUCCUGGAUGCAACGACAGCAAUUUUACCAACUGUAGUGCACAUGGAAUCCCAGAUACUGUAUGCAUGUUUUUAAUGCUUCAGCGGUAAUGCACCUAUGGGAAUGCAUCUGAUGUGCUUUGCUUCUACAGGAGACUAUGCAAUAGUAUGAAGGAGAGUAUUGGGUAUCUCCUAUUUUUUAACCCAAGUAAAAGCAGCUUAGCUUUGAAAACAUGCUCAGUAAUGUAAACAGUUGUAAACCAAGCUGCUCUUCAAAUUGUCUGUCACAUUAUGGUCCUGUCCUGAGGUAAUGCUAACAGAAGUGUUAUGUGUUGCAUUCCUUAUAGAGUAACAUACUUGUGCAUAGAAUCUUGUGCAUUUGUAUAAAAAGAGGAUUCUGUGCAGUUCCAUCACCUCGAAAUUAUUCAGAUCACCUUAAUGGAUGCUGUCUUUUCCAUUAAUACAUGAACAGCAGAAGAACAGAUUUCAGUUAUAUUGCAUGAAAGGAUAGUUUUAUCACAUACCAUUACACAUGCUGGUUCCCUGUAUGUGAAAUUAUUUCACUACGUCUUGUUUUCUACCUAGCACUUGUAGGGAUAAGUGAGUGUUUGCUGACAGGUGUAGUUUAAUAUACCACGUUUAUUACCACUAACUACCAUCUGAACAGCCUUGUUUCAGAUAUAGGGUGCCAGUAUAUAAACUAAUAACUGUAGUUCAUUAGGUGCCAUCUGAUUAUAUAUUUGCUAUUGCUGUUGCUGUAUAAGGUUGUUAAUUUAUUAUAUAUAUAUGUAUGUAUGUAUUCUUGGUAUGUAAUAAAAGUUACUGAUGUGCAUUCUCA